AUGCCGUUCGAGGCUACGCAAGCACCUUCGCACAUGGCUUCUUCCAUCUAUCAGGCCAACAUGGAUCUCGCAGCUUUCGAAGUUGAGGACUCGGAUAAUGAAGACCGAUCUGAUAUGUCCAAAGGCCCAGGCCCAAAUACUUUGGGGGCUUUGAAGACGAAGCUUGUCCGUCGUUUAUCACAAAAGUCGAAUUCGAAACGACACUCACAGCAAUCUGUCGGCCAUAGUGACGAGGAACUCGCACGGCGCGCCGAGUUGAAACGACUAAGGCACAAGAGAAUCCAAGAGGAGCUCGAGUCUGAACAAGAAGCUGAGACGCAGAAUCGCAAUCUCAGUGACUACCAGAAGGAUUCCUCAUCUCCCACAGAGCUACCGUAUGGAGGACCCCGCGAUACUAUAGAGUUCUCCGUGUCUGAGGCCGAAGAACUCAAGUCUGAUGUCUCAUCGAUAUUCGCCCAGGAGAUGGUUGCUCUGGCAAUGCCAAUCAUCACAGAGACCAAGCCCAUACGCCGCCGCAGGAGCUUCCCAGAACCUGAUGUUCAGUCCUCCGAACUUUCCACUGGAGGACUAGAUACGACCCUUCGAGAAUGUGGUUCUCUGCCGCAGAUGCCAACGCCGCCUCAGCUUGAACCCGUGCAUCUCUCCAGUGUUCGUGGAUCGGGUUCUGAUUCAACGGGCUCGCGGCGUCUUUCAUACAGUGCGGGACAGCUCGCGCAGUACAUCCAGACAACACCAGAUGCUAUCUCUCACAGAGAGAAGCCUCCCUCAUUUGGUUCUGUGUACAGAAGCAGUCCCGUACCUAGCACUACGGACGGUCAAAUUCGGAUUCACUCCCAGGGAAGUGACCGAGAAUCAAAACCUGUAUUUGACGAUGACUUUGUGCAUGAAGCAAGCAUUCUAGUCGAGUCAUUAGGAUCGCGCAACAAACAAGAACUUAUUCCGGCAGCCGGUGCCGAAGAAGAGGAGAUCAAGUCGAAACCUGUCGAAUCUUCCAAAAACGAUGACUCUGAUCAGUCCUCUCCCCUCGAGUUAUGGCUCCGUGUCUCACAUACGCUCCAGUCUUUGGCACAUUCGUCUGCCCGUCGUAAUAGCGACAGCGCUCUUGAAGGUCGUCUCAAUAACUCCACAGUUACUGGGCUAGAGUCAGAAAGCAUGAUAACACGAAUUCGGCAAGCAUCAUCAUCAUCGGGCCCUAGGCUCGAGUCAACUUCGCUAUAUGUACCAGGCAUUUCACUUGCGGGUGAAGAAACCCAGUUGACUCCCACGGCAGUCUUUCACUCACCCAAGGUGCAAGAAAUACGUGGUGUUGUUUCUCUGGAAGCCAAUCAUCUUUCAACGGGUUCUGCUCAGGUAUCUUCAUCAUCUCGCUACACCACUCGGCCAAGUAGUACCGAGAUUUUGCCUCGAACAUCCAAAGUAGAUAUUCAGGAAUAUCUGAGAGGAUGUACAAUUUCGCAAGAACUUCUCGGUCCAAAUGGUAUGGUUGACGCAGAAGAUUCCGAAACAAGCUCCUACCGAACAGCACCAAAUUCAGCCUCAACUCCUGAAUUCAGGGUCUUUCAGGAGGCGAUUUCUCGUCGACUGACUUCCAACUCCUCAGUUGCGUCAGAAACAGUCAGUUUCAAACAAAGAGAAGAAGAACUGAGAUCGGUGGCAACGAGAUUUGCGCCAUCUAGAGAGAAACGCAAUCCCAGUGGCUCCAUAGUUAGCAAGUUUCGAGAGGAGUUCAACCAGCCGCAGAAGCUGGCACCUACCAGAAAAGCGUCGAUACUGGCCAAGCUUCUCCCCAAGGUGGGAAAACAUCGAACAAUGCUUGCCAAGUCGGAACCGCAUCUAGAUGGCAGCCAUCGAAACUGUGUGGCAGAUGCUAUUACUGCUAGCAGUCUUGCUACACUGAACCCGCAUGCUGAUGCUGUGAAGCAAGCAAUUCCUCAAGCAGAACACAAACCGCAUUUGGUUGACAGCGCUACAGAUCUCUGGCAACGGGCCGUUAGACUUGAAGCAGAUCGACGUGAAACUCUUCAAAGGGAUUUAGACAGAUCCCGACGUCGUCGUAUCCAUACUCGGGGCACCUCUGAUAAAUUUGGAGAAGGACUAUCGUCCCAUGGGCGCGAUACUAGCUCUGUGUAUAGUCAGAGCCGCUUGGAAGAUAGAAACGCUUUGCGAUCGCCAAGAUCACGGCCUGCAACCGAUCAUGAGCAAGAGAAUGAAGCCUGGGAAGAUUAUCCUCAGGCUUCACCCCAAAUUUUGAAACAGCAGCACCAGCGGCAUGCCCAGUCUGAAGUGCCAGUACAUCAUCCGGUUUCCGAACUUACCGCUCACGUCUACACACCGGGCAGAUACCGUAUCAUCCCGGAAUCGUGGGCUAAAUGGCCAUCACACACUCGUGAUGAACGGACUGGAGCGGCAGGGCCAGAAGAUUCAGUCACUCCCAAGGACUUUGCUCGAACUGGUAACACGACUAUUGGCACACUAUCUUGGGUCACAGACAAGGAAGAGCGAAGCCCAACGCUGAGCGCAGCGCAGAAGCCCGAAUCUCGGCCCUCUAUGUCUAGCACGAUAGGGAAAGUAGUGAAGGCUAGUAUCGCCAGGAUGCUUCCAGGAAGAGUCUCGUCGUCUCGUGGGCUAGACCGCGACCUGUUGGAUCAUACUGAGCGACGGGGCUCUUCUGCGUAUCUCGAAUACCCUGAACUUGAGCUUGUGCCUCGGCGCGGGGGUUAUCAGGAACUUGAAGCUCUUGGGAAACAGAUCGAUCAUAUUAAACGUCCGUCAGUUUCCUCCAUCGAAAGAUCGGGAUGCGCUAGUGGGGCUUCUUCAAAAACCCCUCUGAGCGUCCGACUUGCCCAAGAAGUCCAUAUGUUCCAGCACGAUGAAGACAGUGAUCCCCGAGACAAUGGUGUGAUGCCAACUCCGCCAAAUCCCCAACCAAAUACGCCGUUCGGAAAACGAUCGGCAUCUCGGGCUAUAUCUGGUGCCUCGCAACAGUAUGGUACGCCAAUGACCCACGUAUCGUAUGAAGACUGUGUUCCCACACACAUGCUCGAUGAGAAUGACUUGGUCAAGAGCAGCGCCACGAUGAUGGUUAAAAGAUCGAAGUCAAACGCUGAGCCCAGAGUUUCGGGCCAACCGCAGAAGUAUGGCACCUGGAAUGGCAGAGCCACAUCAUUGUCUAUGAGGCGAAUGAAGCGGACAGAGCGCCGUGGCUCCAAUCUUGAGAAUACUUUAACACGAGAGAGAGACGACAUUAAAAGAGGUGCCCUUGUCGUCUCAGCCCAGUGA